UCGAGUGGAUGGAAACAAAGUGCGCCGAGUGGCAUCCAAGUGCGUCAGACCUGAGCGGAGCGUCGUUACGCAUGGAGACAGCUCGGGACUGAGCUUCUGCGUCUUCACAUUUCUUUUUUAUGACUUUGACAAACGAGAGAAAAAGUUAUUCUCACUCCUCCUCAAACAGAAAAUGAGUAGCUGUCUUUUCCGACUGGCACUCCUCGUGGCUUGCGUCCUCUCCAUCCGCUGCACCGCUGCGCCCGGGACCGAGGCGGAGGCGCACACGGCGUCCCGGGAUACCUGCGCGUCCUGCGGCGUCGCUCAGCCGGAGGACCCCGAGUCGGGCCGGCUGAACGUGGACUUCCUGGAGGCGGUGAAGAGGCACAUCCUGAGCCGGCUGCAGAUGCGGGAGAGGCCCAACAUCACGCACCCGGUGUCGAAGGCGGCCAUGGUGACGGCGCUGCGGAAGCUCCACGCCGGGAAGCUGCGCGAGGACGGGAGGGUGGAGAUCCCCAACCUGGACGGACACCCGAUGAGCAACGAGGUGCUGGAGGAGAGCUCGGAGAUCAUCAGCUUUGCGGAGAAAGAUGACAUGGUGACGUCCAAGUCCAGCCUGUUCUUCAUGAUCUCCAGCGAGGGGAACCAGAACCUGUACGUGACGCAGGCCACCCUCUGGCUCUACUUCAAGCUGCUGCCGUCCCCUCUGGAGGUGCGCCCGAGGCGGAAGGUGACGGUGAAGGUGUACUACCAGGAGCCCGGCCUCGGCAGCAAGUGGAACCUGGUGGAGAAACGGGUGGAGCUGAAGCGCAGCAGCUGGCACACCUUUGUGCUCACCGACGCAGUGCGGUUGGUGUUUGAGAAGGGCGACCGGCGCCAGAACCUGGACGUGCGCUGCGAGGGCUGCGAGGCGGAAGGUGUCGUGCCCAUCCUGCUGAACCACAACGACGAGUCCCACCGGCCCUUCCUGGUGGUGCAGGCGCGGCAGUCUGACAGCAAACACCGGAUCCGCAAGAGGGGGCUGGAGUGCGACGGCAGCAGCAGCCUGUGCUGCCGCCAGCAGUUCUACAUAGACUUCCGGCUCAUUGGCUGGAACGACUGGAUCAUUGCGCCGUCGGGAUACUUUGGGAACUACUGCGAGGGGAACUGUCCCGCCUACAUGGCGGGCGUCCCCGGCUCGGCCUCGUCCUUCCACACGGCGGUGGUGAACCAGUACCGCAUGCGGGGGAUGAGCCCAGGCUCCAUGAACUCCUGCUGCAUUCCCACCAAGCUUAGCACCAUGUCGAUGCUUUACUUUGACGACGAGUACAACAUCGUCAAGCGGGACGUUCCCAACAUGAUCGUGGAGGAGUGUGGCUGUGCUUGAGUAUGUUUUAUUCCUGUUUAUUUAAGGUGGAACUGAAGAUUCACAAUAUUACAACAACAACAAAAAAAUGAAUAUAGAAACAGAAUAUUUAUGGACGACGGAAAAAACAUGCGCACACACAACCUCAUCCACACAUAUCUACACCCCUCAUGUAUGCCUGCACAAAAACUUGUACAUAUAUUUAUGUUUGUUGAUAUAUUUGGUUAUAUUCUCUGGUGGAAGACUGAUUCGGUCUCCUUCAAAGGGACGUGAAGAGUUCUCUUCCAAAUCUUUGGAAAACAAUCAUUAUUAAGUAUCUCUAAGAUAGCGAGGAUCUGGCUCAAGACUUACCUACUAGCCUUUACACAGCAGCAUCACGUGAUGUCAUUUCCUGCCGUGGGUCACGUCGUUAGAGUUUCAUUAGAAGUUUUGGAAUUAAACUCUUCAUGUGUAGAACAUAAACCCAACCUUGAGUGUGAAAAAAAAAAAAAGAAAAAAGUCUCCAGAGGAGCCUCACGAGAGUCACGAACUGGGUUGGGGGGUGAUUCAGCUACGCCUCUUUCAGGAGCAGUUUGAGGGGACAAGCACUGAAAAUGUUAAUACAUCCGUCAACGUACAGCACUUCUGGCCAGGAGUCACACAGUUACGCUAAGAGAAACUUUGGUCCACGAGAAAAUCGGCUUCAAGCUGAACGUUUGGACGCAUUCCAGACAUGGAUGGAAACAGAAAAAUAUAAUCGGUAGAGACUUUUCAACAAGGUUUUCACUGACGCUGUCACCAAACCGUGAAAUUGUCCUCUACAGUGAAAGGUAGACUUGCCAAUGUGAGGUGUCGCACCUGAAAUUCAUAAAAAUGUUGACUGUUUGGAGGUCGUGUUUCCAAUUGUUCUUCACUUUCCAUUAUCUUCAUUGUUGAGGAGGCACUGUCACAUGUUUCUGAAAGUUGGAGAGGUAUUUCAACUUUUAUCAAUCAAGGAUGAAGGUGAAUCUCGGAAACCACUGGCUAUGGUUGCAGACGAUAACCAUUUAGGAGGGCCAGUAUUUUGUGCUGAUCUGGUGUAGACAAGACUUACCCUUCAGUGUGAAGGUCAUUUCGGCUUAUCUCAUCAACAGACAUCUAUGAUACAGGUGGUUAUUUAAAAAGCUAAAAAAAAAAAAAGCUAACUUGUUGUCGGACCAUAGCCAAUGAGUUCUAAGAUUGGAUUUCGGUUGAUAUGUUCCGCCUUUCAACAUGGACACUUAACCUACCAUCCAAACCUAAUUGAUCAGUAUUAUUCAGACUACAAAACACUUCCGAAACCAAAAUCUUGUCCCAUCGCCUACAGAUUCUUCAAGCAUACACAGGUAUCUACUGAUAGAGAUCAGGGUAACCCUAACUUCUACAGAAAUUGCUAAGUGUUGUGGGGACGAACGGCUGUUUUGUUGAAAACUUCCUUCAAAUUACUAAUCGGUUGUCUCUCAAAAAUAAUUUAUGUGCUUAAUUUUCCCUAAAUUUAACAACUUCCAACUUUAAAUUACCCGAUUCUUUCCCUUCAAACACUGACUACGUUUACAUGCACAAAAUAUUCAGGCUUUUGCCCUUAUUCGUAAAAAGACGAUAUUCCUACCAAGCUGUUAACGUGGCUAAUGAAAAUGAAUAUUACACUAAUAUUCCUGUUUGCAUGCAGCAGGACGCACGCUUAUUAACAUGACAUUUAUCACGCCAAAAUAUGGAACAGCUUCUUUGCAGGUUUCCUACAGUGGCGGACUUGUUGGACCAUGUGAACCAACACAUCCUCACUGUGACCUCGUCACAUGUCCACGUUUGGUCAUGGACUUUCCACGUCCACAUAUGACGUCCAAGGUACCCUGGGUGUGUUGGUUGUUGACUUCCGUUUUCACAGGAAAUGUACAGUUUACAUACAGUGUCUUUCAAAAUUAAAGCACUACAUCAGUACAACACUGCAAAUUGACAAGUUUUUCCCCUCUUCAAUAACAUACGCACGUGGUUGGGUUUAGAAAAAAAAGAACAGGGUUUGACUUUAUAAUAUUAUAGAAAGUCAGUUGGAUCCAUCCACCUUUGCACCCACCCGCCCUACUCAGACUUCUGCCACCUUAAUGUCUGUCAUUGUCCCACUGCGUUUUCCCUGAAAUAAUAACAGCGACUGGCCGCGUAAUGCAUCCAAAUACUGCUGUUACAUCCUGAAUAAUACCGGCAUAUCCCACAUGACCUAAUCGGAAAAUGCUUGAUUUGGAAAAAGGUCUACUUCGGAAAAUCCAAACUGAAUAUGCUGUUCACAUGACCUGCAUGAAAUUCAGAAUAUUGUUAGAAUAAUGGUGGAAUAUUAAUGUGCAUGUAAAUGAACCCAAUGUCUCACAAAUUACAAAGCUGAGAUCAUUCACUGUGAACCACUCAAACUAAACUAAAAAGGAGGGGGCAAAUUGUUUGAGAGCACGAUUUAGUAUCUGUGGGCCUGCCAAAAGUUCCUCCUACAGGAAUCUGAAUAUUUCAGUAGUUAACAACACAAACCAUGUCCAGCUGUGCUCAGUCCAGUCCAGUCCAGUCCAGUCCAGUCCAAUCCCAAAGGGACGACAAGAUCUUUGCAUACAUGAGGAUGGUGGAGUGAAUAUCAGGAACGACCUCACAUUUUUGUUAACAUUUGGAUGUUGCAAGAAAAACCUUCAGAUUGGAUUCCUUCCUGUUGAUGAAAUUGAAGAAAAUCUCAUUUCAGUCACUGAAAGUGAAAAGUUGCGAUAUUGCUCAGUUUAGUGACGGUGCAGCUUCGUACUUCCCGACGCACACUUUGAUGAUAGCACUUGCAGAUUGAAAUGCCUUUAAUGAGCCCUAUGUGGCGCACCAUUGCCCACGGUCCUUCUAAAAAGAAAUAAGUGCCGCAUGAGCUAUGCAAUGUAUAGUAUUUACCCAUACACCAGACAAGCUGAACUUAAGCUCUUCUGACAAACUAUCACCAAUACUUGAAAUGUAAGUGUGGUGAGCAGGGGGGCAGGUCGGGCUUCGGCCGGGAGGUUGGAGGAUUAGAAAUGUGUCUUUGGUGGUAGAUGGUGAAGUCCCUUAGAACUUCUGACAACAUCGCCAGUAUCCCUUCCGUUCGACUGGUAGAAAAAAAAUCAAGUUUAUAUGCUACACAUGGCUUUUGCCAAAUAUAUUUUGGAAGAAAUUCCACUGUUGUUAAGAUUAUGUUUUACCAGUCAGUCCAUGAGAAUCAACUUUCAAAGUAUUAUGUUGCUAAAAACCAUUAUCUAUCUCUACACUUCUUACGUCUGCUGCACAAUACAGUAGAUUUUGACACAUUUUAGCUGGACUUAAUGCAUUACCAUACAGCAAUGGUUCCCAACACAGCAAACACAAUUUUGGCUACACAAAAUUCUUUCAAUCUUCUGAGCUCUUCCUUAAAUUCAUUGGAUCAUCGCACCUCUUCAGGCCUAAAAACACUACUCAAGUCAAAUAAAGAAAUAAUGGAGUAUUGGUUGAACUGCUGACAACUAGUAGACUUAUGUUGUGCUCACACCAAUGCAAUGUGAAUUUUUGCGUUAGGUUACUCAUGCGAAUUUGAACGCUAGAAUAAUUUGUGUUGACUCGCUUUGUGUGAAUAACUCGUGUCUCACACAUGUAAAAUCGCGUGUACCCCCAAAAGACAAAAAAUUUUGCCAGAGAGGAGGGGCUUCCCGCAUAUUUUCAGUCAGUCAGAGCUCCUUUUUAUUCCUGUUUCUGUAAAAGUAGUGUCAUAGAGCUUGGGGUAGCCACAGAACGACACAAUCAGCUUCUCCACCACUAAUCGGAUGCAUGAACUUCUGCAGAUAUGUCCGAGGUGUCAAAUGUCCCUGGAGGAUCUGCUGAUUGGCUAUCUUGAUGCAAAUUGGUCGCUGAAGUUCACAUUUUUCAACUCUCGCAAAUAAGUGUAUGAUGUGAAGUUGUGCUACUCGCUACAUUCGCACUGAUUAAUUCGUGUCCAUUUUGCCCCCUGGCAGGAAUUUGUGCCUAAUCACAUCUUUGCAUUGAAUCGUCGUGUAUUUUCCGGCUAAAAUUCAAGUUUUUCUGAAGAGUAGGGAGAAAAAUCUGACACUUUUAUUGAAAAAGUUCCACCUAAUUUCAAUUAAAUUUGCAUCAUUUGCAUCACUCAUGUCGCGUCCAUCACGCAGCCUGGCGGGAAUUCAUGUCUAAUCCCGUCUUUUCAUUGACUCAUGCCAAUUCUUUAUUUGUGCCCAUUGUGAACACAAUGUUUUACACAACCUAUGAAAAGCGUUAAAAAGUACACUUUGUUUCAGGGCAUCACAAGCCAAAAGAGGUUGGGAACUUUUGUUAAAGAGUAUGAAAAAAAUAGAAAACGUAAAAUAUGACAUCACCCUAAUAUAAAAGUUUCAUUGUCACUUGCAGCUACCAUUUUUAUUUGGAACAGAGCAGCAUGUUUUGAAACAGGCUAGAAAUCAACCCAGUCAUCAGAAAAAAAACUGUUGGCAUUGUACGUUUUGCAAACCAAGGAUACGGUACAUUUGUUAUUAUGUAGAGAAUACGAUGAAACUUUUCAACAAUGCUGUGGUUAAUGUGAUUAGGAAAAGAUCAGGCUAUGGCUGAAAGCACCAAUCUGGAGGGCACAAUCUCUGGCAGGGAACACAGCACAACACCUUACUGAGGGUUCUUUCACACCUGCCCUGUUUGGUUCGGUUCAGUCGAACUCUAGUUGGUUUGCCCCCUCAGUGCGGUUCAUUGUGC